UUAUUACAGUUCACGCGGUUUGUGGGAUCGGAAAGUGCACCAAACUCCGCGUAUUCUCAAUUCGUUUUCCUUUUUUUUAGCUGAAUUGAAACCUCAGAUGAAAUGAAACAAACACUUUUUUUUCUUCUUUGUAGCUUGUUUUAUCUUCUUCUUCUUGGUUCUGUUUUAUUGACAAGAGAUAUGGUGACAUCCUUACUGUUACUAGCAGUUCUUUUUAUAGCUGGCUUUAUUAAUAUUUACUAUCAUUUUCCUUCCAAGAAGUUUUAUGCAUGGCUUCAAUCUUUCUUCCCUAACAGCUGCUCUUCUUCAUCAGCUGUAUCCUCCAAAACUACUCAGGUUAUUUCAGUCAUGGAAAGAAGUGAUCCAAAGAAGGUAGAGCUGAAAAGCGUUUUUGCCACCUUCGACAAGAACGGUGAUGGGUUCAUAACAAAGCAAGAACUGGGGCAAUCAUUCAAGAAUAUCAGGCUGUUCAUGACAGAGAAAGAGGUCGAAGAAAUGGUAAUGAAAGUGGAUGCUAAUGGAGAUGGGCUAAUCGAUUUCGAUGAGUUUUGCACCUUAUGUCAGGCCAUGAAUAAUCAUGAUGAGAAAGGUGUGAGAAAAGGAGAAGAUGGGAAUGGAGUUGUUGAGGAUGGUGAUGGAGAAGGGGAAUUGAAGGAGGCUUUCGAUGUGUUUGACAAAGAUAAAGAUGGGUUGAUUUCAGUAGAGGAAUUGGGAUCUGUGCUGUGUUCUUUAGGGCUGAAGGAAGGGAACAAGAUGGAGGAUUGCAAAGCAAUGAUCAGGAGAGUUGAUAUGGAUGGAGAUGGAAUGGUUAAUUUCGACGAAUUCAAGAGGAUGAUGAAAAGUGAAGGAGGACUAGUUUCAAUAUCAGCCUUCUAAACUUCUCUAUAUAUGAAUUAAUAAGGCUUCUGAUCUCUCUUUCUCUUGCUCACACUCACAAUCUAAGCUUACUUAACCUGGUAAGCCUGCUCUGAUCACCAAAACACUGCUCUCGAUCCAUUUCAACCUCACUUGGUGGACGACUCUAUCUACGCAGGUGUUUUGUCUAUGUUGGAUUUGUUUCUUUCAAUUAGUCCUUUUGAACUGUUUUUGACACAUAAUUACUACAACCUUUACAAGCUUUCACCAACAACCCUUAAAUUACUAUCUGAUAUUUGUAAAAGUGCGUUGAACAACUUUUGUACUAGUUCAGGUUUCAGGUCUGCCUGUAUUUUAAUGUACCGUACAUAUUUUUGAACUUUUUUGUGCACCCGGGGUAUUUAUAUAUAUACUGGCAAAAUUUAUGUUUGUAAAGGCCCCCAUUUGUUUCUUGUUUCAGAUGAGUUGUCAUCUUCAUAAUGCCGUAAUAUGGAAAAUUCGACCAAUGGACUAGACAUAAUCAUGUUUCGGUUCUGUUGCAUAGGAGAAAACUUUAGAAAAUUGACAAUAUCCAGGCCAAAGGUUGGCGAAAGAAAGGAAUUGUUCAUGAUGAAAAGCAAAGCAGUAUGAGCUUUGGUGGGGGUGAAUAUGGAUCUCGCGUGCCUAGAAAGACAGGUCUCAGCCCCACAUGUCAACUGCAACAACGAUUGGUAGCUGUUGAAAAAAAUAACUGAUUUAUCCUGGCUAGCCUGCCUGAUCCUUCCCAGCAGGGAAAGGUUGGAAAGUGUCGUAGAAAUUCUUUUCUUUUCUUCUUUUGGAUGGUUUCACGAAAAAUAUAUUUAAAAUUGGAACUAAAAGUGUCAUUACUGAUUAAAUUGUCUCAACAACAAAAAGUUCCCGGCUGAAUUAAAUUUAAAAAAAAAAAAAAUGGAGUAGCAUAUUUUUUUCAGCAUUUAUUUCUAAUUCCCUUCAUUUAAGUUUCGUGGAAUUGGACGGUGAGAUUACAGAAGCAUAAAAUUGGUUUGUUUUACCACGAUAUGACAACUAAAGGCUGGCGAUUGCCGAGCAAACGCUAGUUUCUAAAGUAAACAUCGCAAGGACACUCGAUGUGUGUAAUCAAAUUGAGUUGAAUAAUUAUUAGACUAGAGAUUGG